CGUCUCAAAGCGCAUUCUCGGCGGAUAUUUAACUCUUCUGUUUGAACUUUGAAGCUUGUUCGUUAACCUCCUUACGGAAGUGCCAAGGGGAAUCGCUGCUUGAUUGAACGAGCUACUUCAGUGAAUUAGCCAAGGAUUCUGGAAGUUGGGAAGCAAAGGAGGGCAUGAUGGCCGAUGAAGGAUUGAGUCAGCGGAUAAAAGAGGACAAUCCUCAGUUAGCAUUAGUACUGAAAGAAAUGAAAGGAGGGUUGGAUUUGGUGAGAAGUAAAGUUGAAAGCUUGACUGCUAAGGUAAAAGAUAAUAAUUAUCCUACAGCUGAUGGGAUAAGCUACCUAGAGGCUAAAAAUUUGUUGCUUCUUAACUAUUGCCAAUCGCUGGUGUACUACAUGCUUCGUAAGGCAAAGGGUUUGUCAGUUGACAAUCACCCUGUUGUUCAAAAGCUUGUCGAGACGAGGUUGUUUUUGGAGAAGAUACGACCAAUUGACAAAAAACUUGAAUAUCAAAUUCAAAAGCUCACAAAGGGUGCUUCACAGCCUGUGGAUCAAGUAAAUGUCAAUAGCAAUACAGAGGCUCCUAGGAAUUCUGAGGAUCUUUUGAAGUAUCGUCCCAACCCAGAUAUGCUUAAUAACAAAUCUGUGGUCGCCUCUGGGGACGUUGUUGGUGUAUAUCGGCCACCAAAAUUGGUCCCAGUAGAAAUGGAAGGUGGCAGAAUAUCGAGGGAAAAAAGGAAUGAAGUGAGAAAAGAGAAAGAGAUGGUUAGACGGUCAAGACUGGGCUUCCAAAAAGAUUUGUUUGAUGACUUGCAGGGGAAGCCUGAAGAGGUUAAAGAAUCCUUUGGAAACGAGAGUAGGGAGUUUGAAAAAUAUCAGAGACACUGGGAAGCACGUGAGAAAGAGGAAUUAGACCAAUUCAUCCGUGCGCCUAUCACAAAGAAGGAGAAGAAAGAGUUGAGGAAUUUAAAGAGGUCAAGAGGCGGGUUGGAUGGUUUGACUGAUGGUUUCGAUAUCAAAUUCUUACCAUUGGAUGAUGGUGCUGGUGAACAACAGAAAGCUAGAAAUGGCAGUGUUGGAAUGAGGAAGCAUAAGAAACACAAGGUAUGCUCAGAAAUGUUGAUGAUAGCUUUUCCUUAGGAGGCAUUGAGCACAAGAAAAGCUGAGAUCCCCAGGCCAGUGUUGUGCUACGUUUGUAAGAACAAUUCACAUCUGGCGAAUGUUUAUAGGGCAAGUGACUUGGGAAAGGGAGUUUUAAUGCUAAGCAGAGUCCUAUUUUUGCAGUUGGGCAUACUUGAACCUGGGAGCUGGGAAGCUCAUUUCUGGUUCUUAUAAUUUUGCAAGUUCAAGGCCAGGCCAAAAGGAUAAUCGUGCAGUCAAUUGCGUUAACUUACCAUCAUUAAACCAAUCUGUAAUCCAGUUUUGUGAGAGUUUCAAAUUCAAUGCAAAAUUUGAAUUUUAGUUUAUCAUUAUUUAAUUUGGUUACCUGCCUGCUCGUAACUGCCCUGCUAACCUUCAGUGGUUAGUAUCGUGCUAAUGAUGAGUUGAACUAGUCGGCGUUGGGGUUACAAUUAUAAAAAAAAAUG